AUGGAAGAGUCAACGACAGAAUUACCAAGUAGUAAAUUGAAGAGAAUUCGACAACGAAUUCUGCAUCCGCUGGCUAAACAAAAACCGACAAAUGAUCAGCAAACUGCUCUUCUGCACGAACACAAUCAAAAAGCCGAAGCACCGAUUCGAAACGAAGAUUUUCAAGCUACUGGUUUUGUCAUCGAUCCUCAACAUUAUCUAUAUCAUUAUUGGCUAGGAAUCAUCUCUCUAGCUGUUGCUUACAAUCUUCUAUUGAUUCCGGCUCGUUAUGCAUUUCAUGAUCUAGAUAAAAAUCUGAGAAUUCUUUGGAUUUCUUUAGAUUACACAUUUGAUUGUGUGUACUUAAUUGAUAUGUUCUUUCAAUCAAGAACAGUCAUGGUUUAUUCGUUCGAAAUCAUCAUGUUUUAUCUCGUAAUUACUUUACAUCGCGACAAUUCUAUUUACGUGAUUUAUUGUCCAUUAUUCCGGCAGAUUUGUUGUAUUUUAUUCCAAAAAUUUCAAGAUUUAACCGAAUCGCGAACAAGAUUUCCUAAUGCAUUUCGAAUCUUCUGUCUGAUUGGUUUAACUCUAACACUUAUUCACUGGAACUGUUGUGCCUAUUUGCUCAUCUGUCAACAUUUGGGUUUCGGUACCGAUCGAUGGGUACUACCGACGACGGCAAGGAACGAAACAGUUGCCAUGCUCUACACUUACUGCUUCUAUUGGUCAACACUCUUACUAAGUACCAUUGGUGAUGUACCAUUACCGACGAAACGAGAAGAAUACGUUUUUGUUCUAUUCGAUUAUAUGAUUGGAAUACUUAUAUUUGCUACUAUUAUUGGUAAUCUUGGAACAAUGAUUUCUUCACAGAAUCAAUCAAGACAGCAAGUUCGUGAGAAAAUGGAUGAAAUUAAGCGUUAUAUGAAGUUCCGAUCGGUUAAUCGUAAACUUGAACAAAAGGUGAUUAAAUGGCUCGAUUAUCUCUACACAAAUCGGCAAGUUCUCAGCGAAGAAAUGGUUUUGAAUUCCGACCUGAGCGUUGAACUGCGUAAAGAUUUAGCGAUCAAAGUUCAUUUAGAAUCGUUACAACAAGUAACAUUAUUUCACGAUUGUGAACCAAAUUUACUGAUUGAAUUGGUUACCAAAUUAAAACCGACCUUCUUUGGUCCAGGAGAUUACGUCUGUCAAAAAGGUGAUAUUGGCAAAGAAAUGUAUAUUAUCAAACGUGGCCAACUUGGUGUUGUUAGCGACGAUGGCAAAACAACGUUUGUUGUUCUCAAAGAAGGUUCCGUGUUUGGAGAGAUCUCGAUUUUGAACAUUCCAGGCUCAAAGAAUGGCAAUCGUCGUACUGCAAAUGUUAGAUCAUUAGGCUACUCAGAUUUGUAUACAUUGCGAAAAGAAGAUCUUUGGCAUGUGCUGGAUAAUUAUCCUGAAUCAUUAUCGAAAAUAAUCGAAAAGGGCAAAUCGAUUUUGCGUAAGGAUAAUCUUCUCGAUGAAUUAGUAACCGAUACGAAACGGCAUAUUGAACAAGAACAACUACUAAGCAUACAAAAUCGUAUAAAAAAAUUAGUUGAUACAGAAAAAUCAUUAAGCGAUCGAACAACGACGUUUUUCGACGCUUAUGUUGAAUCAAUUCGAAAAUUUAAAAAACAACUGUCCAAAAUGGAAUAUCUUUAUGAGACAAGAAAACCAAGUGUUAUUGUGGCGAAAAGUGUACCGUUGACGACACCCGGUAUACCUUUCCUUUUAAAGCAAUGGAAAACGAAUACUGCUGCACAUUUACAACGAUUUUCCAGUGUGCCAUCAGGGCCAUUGGACGACGAUUAA